AAACACCCAAGGACCAAUCAGAAAUCGUUUUACGAUAGCGUCUUCGGACUUUAAAAAAAAAUGGCGAUGGAGGAGAAAAUAAAAUUGUGUUUAAACGAAUUUCAAAUACCUGCGUUAAAAGAGGAACAAAGGAAGAUUUUAGAUGCAUUGUUGGAAAAGAGAGACUGCUUGGCAAUUUUACCGACGGGAUUCGGAAAAUCACUGCCGUACCAACUCCUCGUUCCUUUGAGAAGAUGCAUAAGUCCAGAUGCCGACACACCGAAAGUGCUCGUCUGUGCACCUCUAAUCGCACUGAUGGAAGAUCAAGUUGAACGAUUAAAGCGUAUCAAAGGAGUAAGGGCCUUUAUAGCAGGCAAGAGUAGUGACUGUGAUGAUGAGGUGAAGAAAGGGCAGUUUGACUACCUGUUUGGUUCCCCAGAGCUAUUAGUAGGAAGCAGUGAAUGGAGAUCAUACAUACAUGGAUUCAACAUUCAGACCAUAGUCAUCGAUGAAUUCCACACCAUUGCUACAUGGGGUGAAAAAGAAAAAGAGGAUAAGGAAGCAUUCAGAAAAUGGUUUGGAUGUGUUGGAGAACUCAGGUCAUUGCUUCCAGAGGCUUCUGUGCUUGCCCUUAGUGCAACAUGUACCAACAAAAUAAAGAAAAGAGUGCUGAAAGUCCUGUCUUUGAAAGCAGGAUUGUUGACAAUUCAGAUUUCGCCAAAUAAACCAAACAUAAAACUAUGUGUUGAAAAAGUGCCACAUGAAACAGACAAAGCAUUCUCAUGGAUUGUCGAUUCCAUAUUGGAUGGGUCACUACAAAGGACGUUACUGUACUGCACCUCAAUAAACGACUGUUCAAAGAUAUAUUCCUAUCUUACUUCAGAACUGCAAGCAUUAGGAUUCAUGAAGUACAUUGAGAUGUACCAUUCAGAAACACCUGAUGACAAGAAACAAACAAUUAUUGAGGCACUUCAACAGGAAAACUCUCAGUUAAAGCUCAUUAUUGCUACAAAUGCCCUUGGGAUGGGAAGUGACAUACGGAAGUGUCAUGGAGUCAUUAUAUAUGGUGCUGCAAAAAGUGUGCUUGAUAUGGUGCAAGAGAUUGGAAGAGUUGGCAGAGAUGGCCAUCCAUCAGUAGCCUUGUUCUUAUACCAUGGCUAUCAUCUCAGUAAAGCAAGUGAGGAUGUCAAAGGAUUUCUUAAGGAGCAAAAAUGCCACAGGUUAACAUUAAUGGGCAAUUUCUUGAAUGACGAAGACCUUAAAAAGCUUGAACUAGAAGAAGUUGGAAGACAUACAUGCUGUGCCAUUUGCCAUGCAUUGUGCAAAUGUGAAAAAUGUACAUACACUGACUUAGAGCGUGCAUUCGGUUAUUCAAAUUCACAUGAAAGGCAAACUCAAAGUGAAAGUGACACUCAUUCAGAAUCUGAUGCUGACUGAACUUUGACAAUGAACACCAAUAUUUUAAAGGUGAAUUUGUUUUUGAAUGCUCAAUAUGGUCAACUCAAGAAGCUUUGCCCAUGAAGUUCCUAUACUUUUUGUCCGCAGAAUGUAAACUUUAAGACAGAUAACAUAUCAUCAUUGUAAAACUAGCAAUAUGAAAAAAUGAUACUUCCACAAUGAGUUUUGUACAUUUAUUGUAAAAAAGAAAUAUGCGUGUUUGUAUGCCUUUACGUUGCUUAACAGCAUUCUAUGUUAUUAGUGACAGUGCUUGUAUAUUUCUUUGGUAUAAAAUGUAAAAAAAAAAAAAAAAAAAAAAAAAAAAAAAAAAUUUUUUAUAUGAAUGUGAUAUAUCAGUGGUCACUUCAUUGUUAAGCAACUUUUACACAUAUAGAAUUUCACUAUCACUUAAAAGUGGUAGAGAUCAUGCCAUUGAGCAAUACAUCCAUUACUAUAGAGCAGUCAUGCAAGCCAUUGCAAGGUCGCAUUUGCUUUCAUAGUGUGGAGUCAUGAAACACCAUGGGUGCAUGUUUAUUCAAAACCGAAACAAAUGAGAAAUUGUGACUUUGUGCUUUUUAAAUAGUCCUGAUUUGAGUUAUUACACUAAGAAGUUACUUAAUUAUCAAUUCAAGUUGCUUUCAACAUAUGGAAAAGAUAAAUUCCAGCAAACUUUAAGCACAUAUCAGUAAGAGAAAAUGAGCAUCGUUUGUUGAUUGUAUCAAUUAAAUUAUACAAAGAAAAGUUCAUUAUCAUGAUUUGAUAAUUAUCUGUUUGAUCUAAAACAAGCCUUAUUUCAAUCCAAUUUGUCAAUAUACAUGUACCAGUAGUUUGAUACAAGUGAUAAAAAGAGCUCAUAUUCUAUAGCAUCUGAUAAUACUUUUGACAUUCCCAAAAGAUAAUACAAUGCGAUUCCACAUAGAAAUAAUAGAUGCCAAAAUACUUGGGUCACUGUAAACAUUUAAUUGCAAUUAUGUACAUGAUAUAGCCUGGCACAACACAAGAUUUAACAUGCUUACAAUCAUACAGGACAUUACAGUUUUUAGCUCACAUGCAGUUAAUCUUAAUUAAAGUGGAACUCGCACAUGUUAAUACAAGUUUAUUACUCAUCUGGGGAAUAAUAUGCAAAUUGAGGAAUGGCUAUUAUCAAUCACAA